AUGACUGAGGGUUCCCAUCAUGCCAUAGUUUUUGGCGCAUCGGGUCUAGUUGGGUGGGCUCUAGUGGACCAGCUCUUAAGUUCUCACCCAUAUGCUAGAUCUUUCUCUAAAGUUACUGCUGUCACGAAUCGCCCGCUCAAUUUGUCUGAGACUUAUUGGCCUGAACCGGACGAUAGUCAUGAGCUGCAGCUUGUAUCAGGUAUUGAUCUUCGGCGUGGUGAUAGGCCUACGUUGGCGGAUUCUUUGCUAGAAAAGGUCAAGGACAUUCGAACUGUUACCCAUAUAUAUUAUUUGGUAUUCACCGCAAUUGAUGAUGAUAUCGAGGAAGUCGCAACCAAUCUGCGCAUGUUUCAGAAUGUCAUCGACGCGCACAACUCGAUUAGUCCCAACCUGCAGUUUGUGGCAUUUACCGGCGGUACGAGGGGUUAUGGCAUUUAUGCCCCUGGUGGAACAUUCACGCCUCCCUUGACGGAGGAUAUGGUGCAAAAUCUCCCACCUGAUCACGCUAAGACAGUCGUAUACCCGGCCUACCGUGAGCUGCUUAGCGCAGCGAGUGAAGGAAGGGACUGGACAUGGUGUGAAGUCUGUCCAGAUGCAAUUAUCGGCUUUACACCAAAUGGUUCCCAGUUCAGUUUAGCACUACAUUGGGCUCAGUAUCUUUCUUUGUACGCCUAUAACCAUGGCGUUGAUCUGGAUGGGCAAGUCACUAAAGCAAGGGCCGUUGAGGUGCCUUUCCCUGGCAAUGUUGCCGGAGCCAACUCGUUGUUCUCUCCUGUGUCUAGCAAGUCUAUCGCCCGCUUCACGAUAUAUGCCUCAAUCAACCCUGAGACAUGCGGAAAGGGACAGCUAUUCAACAUUGCCGAUAGCGAGACACCUUGUAAAUAUGGUCAGCUCUGGCCCCAACUCGCGAGAUGGUUCGGUCUUGAGGGUGUGGAACCCACAGAGAACUCGCAAGCCCUAAAGAAUAGUCUGAAGGUGGGCGAACUUCCUCAGACUACCCCCACAUUGACGCCUGGAGAAUAUGUCGCAAAGCAUAAAGAUACCUUCGUUGGGUGCGGACACUUGAAUGCUAUCAGCGGGGGUGUUGGUGCUGGUAGUCGGCAAUUAGAUAGCGUGGGAUAUUGGUUGACUUUCGACCGGCAAAUGAGCUUGACGAGGUUGAGAAAGACAGGUUUUGAGGGGGACAGAGAUCCGAUUCAGGGCUGGUUGGAGAGCUUUGAAAUGUUCAGAAAGGCUGGUUUGAUUCUUUAG